AUGUAUCUUUCCAGCGAAGAGUCUGUAGGGUCAUCAAAUGGGGAGCUAAGUUCCUGUUCUAACAUCUUUGCAGGUGUGUUGAGCGACCUUGGCAUAGAUCCGGAGGAAAAGAAGAAGAAGGCGAGCAAGAAAAAGAAGAAGGUUAUCACCAUUGAUGCUGAGGUGACCAGCAACAAAGGCGGGAGUAGCCGCGCAGCUGCUGGAGCUUCUGAUAAAGGUGAGAAGAAGACCAGCGCUUUUGGUUCAAAAAGCUCUGGAAGCGCAGCGUUAAGGAAUCCAGAUGCUGGUGUUACUCCCUCUUCGAUCGCGCUGGAUGAAGAGGAGGAAGAAGAGCAUGAGGAAGAACCCGCUCUCAAGUUAGUGAGUCGGAAGAGAAGUAGAGAAGAGAUUGCUGCGGGCGUCAAAGUAGCGCAGAAGACUGAGGGAGUCUCUGUGAUAGGGAAGCAAAGCAAGCUGCGCUCCCUUUAUAAAUUCUCUCCAGAGGCCCAGAAGAAGGCCCCUGAGAAGACUAAGGGAGUUGAAUUUAAGGAUCCUCAAGAACCGGCGCCGAAGAAGACUAAGUUUGUAAUCAGGCCUCCCAAGACAAUCGAAGGGACAGUUGAGAAGGUGGUUGGAGAGAAAGAAAAAGAGAAGGAAAAAGAGAAAAAGAAGGCGUUUGAGAAGCCCGUGGGCGAUAAAUCGAGAAAGACCGAGACCGCUGCUACUACCGCGCAGGAGAAAAAGCAGGGUCCAGAGGUCGUGCACAUUACGGGGCUUGACCAGCCCCUUCAUGAAAAAGAGAAGGAAGCUACCCGGGGGAAGGGACCCGAAGUUGUUAAGCCAGCGGAAUUUACGCAGCCUGAUAUCCCCCUCCAAACUAAGCAGACGGCGCCUAAAGAUGCUACUGCUGCUGCGGGUGGAGCUGGUGCUGGAGGGUCUGGUGGCGCCGCAGGUGCAUUCGCGGCUGGUCAGGCUGGUGCGGGGAGAAAAAGCUCGAUGCCACAUCCUCUGAUAGGUUCUAAGGAUACCUUAGGAGAUAUCUAUUACAAGAAUUACACCGAGGAGGCUCGCGGUGACGCUCCCCACCAUCCUCCAUGGGGCUUAAAACAGAAGGACAUGUUCUUGGAGUUUGCUCCGUGUCGCGAUUGGUUCUUGAAUUCUUUCCCUCCCGGUGAGGUUAACCGGCAAAGAGCGCGAACCCAUGAUGGGUUGUAUCACGCUUAUAUUGUCGGCGAGGCCAAUACCCGCGCUGCCAACCACCAGAUUGUGCGCGAGUGGCCCACAGUGGUUAAAGAGCGAGGGGACUGGGAGAAAUACUGUGAGCGCUUGUUAAGGCAGGUUAAGGAUUUUGAGAAGUUGAAAAGUGCCUUUGCUGAGGGGAAGGCCAAGUUCAAAUCUGAGAAAAAAUCUGAAGAGUGGGGCCGCGAGGGCCUAAGGAGUAAGUUGCGUGCUGCUGAGGAGCUCUUGUCGAAAAAGCGUGCUGAAUGGAAGGAGGUAUGUAAAAAGGAUAACCAGUGCACGUUUGCUGCUCGCUCCAAGAUUACCGACCUUGAGGCUCAGAUUGCCACAUUAAAGAAGGAGGUUGAGGAUGUUGAAGCAGACAAAGAGCAUGUUGAGGCUAAGAUGAAGGCGCAGGUGGCCAGCCAAGAUAAAGACAUAAAAGCGAAGGAUGUAAAGAUUGCGGAGUUAAAGCAUCGAUUGCAUGAGCAAACUGACAAGAAUGAAUCUUUGGAGAUUGAUCUUGAGGCUGAAAGGGUGAAGGCUGGUACCGCCGAGGAGGCCAAACAAAGGGCCAUCGAGGCGCGAGAUAUUAGCACCUCUGCCCUUAACGUAGCCCAAAACAAUUACGCCGAAGCUCAAUCAAUCGUAGACACGCUGGUCUCCGAAUCUGAAUGGAUGCGUAAUAGAGGGGUAGUUCUGAUGGCUAACUCCAUUCUGAAUGCCUCUGAGUUGGAUGCGGCUGUUGCUGCUCUCAUAGAUGCCUCACGCGUGGUUGGGCAUCGUGGAGGUUAUCUAGAGUGUGCUCAACAUGUUGAAGAGGCCUUUGGACAAGAGUUUGAUGUCAGUCAUUGCUUAGUGACCGAUCAGGCUGAUGCUGCGUUAGCCCGCGCUAAAGGAGUUUAUGACCAUAUAUCAUCGCCCGUGAUGGAUUUGGUCACUGAAGCGCUGAAGCACGAUGACUGGUGUUCCCGGCUAAAGACUAUCCUAGACCCUCCACAGACGGUGGAGUUAUCUGAUGAGGAGGAAACAGCCGGCGGAGAUGGCGACGGUGAUGGAGAUGGCGAAGGUGGUGGUGACGAAUAG